CGCGGCGCGGCGGGGCGGCCGGCGGAGGGAGGCGCUGCCGGGGCCGGGCCCGCGCGUCCCGCGGGAGGCGGCCAUGUCUACCGGCGAGGCGGAGCGGUUGUCGGCGGACGCCGAUGGGGCCGCCGGGGACGAGGAGGAGGAGUGGCUCUAUGGCGAUGAAAAUGAAGCAGAGAGACCAGAGGAAGAAAAAUCUAGUGUUCCACCCCCACCUGGAAGUGAAGAGGAAGCUGCAGAAAAUGGCGUUGUGAAAACGAAGGUGGCAGAGGCUGAGGAUGACAGUGAUAGUGAUAGUGAUGAUGACGAAGAUGAUGUUCAAGUCACCAUAGGGGAUAUUAAGACAGGAGCUCCACAGUUUAGUUAUGGAGCAGCACCGGUGAACCUCAAUAUUAAGGCAGGAGGACGAGCUUAUGGAUCUUCUGGUGCAAAAGUUAAAGGACUGGAUCUAGAUGCACCAGGGAGUAUUAAUGGUGUGCCACUUCUGGAAGUAGAUUUAGAUUCUUUUGAAGAUAAACCUUGGAGAAAGCCAGGGGCUGAUCUCUCAGAUUAUUUUAACUAUGGCUUCAAUGAAGAUACCUGGAAAGCUUACUGUGAAAAACAGAAGAGAAUACGAAUGGGUCUUGAAAUUUUGCCAGUUACCUCAACCACAAAUAAAAUUACGGCUGAAGACAAAGCUAUGGAAGUAAGACCAAGUGCAGAGAUUCUCGAUGGCAGAUACCAUCUUUUAAAGGUACAGCAAGGCAGAACUGGAAAUUUGGAGAAAGAGUUGGCAGUGCAGUCGACUAAACCUGAUUUCACAUCUCCUCCUGCCUUAUUCAAAUCAGGAAUUCCAACAAACAGGCGGAUAUCUGGCACAAUAGAUGUGAUUGGACAGACCAUCACUAUCAGCAGGGUGGAAGGACGACGGCGUGCUAAUGAAAACAGCAACAUACAGGUUCUUUCAGAACGCUCUAAUCCUGAAGUAGACAGUUUUACCAAGCCACCUCCAUUUUUCCCUCCAGGAGCUCCACCUACUCACCUUCCACCACCUCCUUUCCUCCCACCCCCUCCAACUGUCAGUACUGCUCCACCUCUGAUUCCCCCACCAGGUAUACCAAUAACAGUGCCACCACCAGGUUUUCCACCACCACCUGGCGGUCCUCCACCUUCCCUCAUACCCACGAUAGACAGUGGACAUUCUUCUGGCUAUGAUGGUCGUCCGGUUCGUGCAUUUUCCUAUGGCAGUGUCACCUUUCCACACCCUGCGGGUUCUGCACCCUCAUGGUCUAGUCUUCUGGACACCAGCAAACAGUGGGAUUACUAUGCACGAAGAGAGAAGGAUAGGGAACGUGAGAGAGAGAGAUCCCGAGAUCGGGAUCGUGACCGGGACCGGGACCGAGACAGAGAUCGAGACCGUACCAGAGACAGGGAAAGGGACCGAGAUCACAGUCCGUCUUCAAGUGCAUUCAACAGUGAUGAAGAACGCUACAGAUACAGAGACUAUGCAGAGAGGGGCUACGACCGCCAUAGGACAAGCAGAGAGAAAGAAGACAGACACAGAGACAGGAGACACAGAGAGAAAGAAGAGACUCGACACAAGUCAUCUCGAAGUAACAGCAGACGUCGUCACGACAGUGAAGAAGGGGAUAGCCACAGAAGGCACAAACACAAGAAGUCCAAAAGAAGCAAAGAAGGAAAAGAAGCCAGUGGUGAACCUGCUCCUGAACAGGAAAACACUGAAGCUGCCCCUGUGGAAUAGGCUUGUGUGAUUUUUUUUGCCUACUUGCAUAUAUAUUAGUGCCAGAAAUAGAUUACUAUAAAUCUUGUUAUUUUUCUGGGAAUUAUAAUAAUUUGCUCUUAAUCUUGUUCUGUUAGUUUGAAAUCAAAGGUUACUUUGGUUUUUUUUGAAAAUAAAAGAACGAAUUUUUCAUGUUAA